AUGUCCGCCAGUCCAUCUCCUUCCGCCGGCGGCGACAACAACAAGAGCGAUCAGAUUCACUUCCGUUUCUGUCGCGAAUGCUCUAACUUGCUCUACCCGAAAGAAGACCGUGUUAACAACCGCCUGAUGUUUACGUGCCGAACAUGCCACGUCGGAGAACCGGCUUCCUCGUAUUGCGUCUAUCAACACAGGCUGAACAGUCAAGUGGGAGACACUGCGGGUGUGACUCAGGAUGUGGGAUCUGAUCCUACGGUUUGUCUCCCUGAUUUCUGUACCCACUGUGGGGAGGAGAUCACUUGCUUUGUGUGUGGGAUGCUCCCGGAUGAAGCAUCAUCAUCAGAGGAGUACAGUGAUUUCUACUAA